CCCCAUCCAUUUCAGUAACUUGUCUCCUUCUCUACAACACUUCGUAUCUCCGACUUUACAACACUCAACCAAUACAAAUCCAUCACAAUGGCUCGUACUAAGCAAACCGCUCGUAAAUCCACUGGAGGUAAAGCUCCUCGUAAACAACUCGCCACUAAGGCAGCUCGAAAGUCUGCACCCAGUACUGGAGGUGUCAAGAAACCUCAUAGAUACAGACCUGGAACUGUCGCUCUUCGUGAGAUUAGAAGAUACCAAAAAUCUACCGAACUUCUUAUUCGUAAACUUCCUUUCCAGCGUUUGGUCCGUGAAAUCGCUCAGGAUUUUAAGACUGACCUCCGUUUCCAAUCUUCCGCCGUCAUGGCUCUGCAGGAAGCUUCCGAAGCUUACCUCGUCUCUCUGUUCGAAGACACCAACCUUGCCGCCAUCCACGCCAAACGUGUUACCAUCCAGCCUAAGGACUUGCACCUCGCUCGUCGUCUCCGGGGCGAGAGGACCUAAGUGGAUUGUUUGGGUGGGGCUCUGAUGAAUGUUACGAAGGGAUUAGUUGAUGUUUCAUGUUUUGUACUUUGUUUUUAGUUUUGUUUGUUGUGGGUUGAGCCUUUAUGCAUCGAGCUCCCUACG